GAAUGCCUUGUCCGAGUGACAAGGAUGACGUCAAACACCGGAGACCACAGUCGUGUCGGGGGCGCAAAUUCAGUUAAAGAACUUGAAUAUAAAUGCUUUUAUAGUUGUAUGUGACAUUUCAAAGCCUGUCUGACGAUAUAUUCUCUGGCUCAUGAAAACAACAGCAUACAUUUACUUAAAAGAAGAAAGGAUGUGCUGUCUGUAGAUCCUGCUUUGUACUUUGAAUCUUUGACCAUCCUCUGGUGAUCAGCCCAAAGGAUGCCUUACCACUGCGUUGCCUAUGGAUGUGGUAAAACUGCAGACGAUGGUGUGACACUGUUUAGAUUCCCCAAGGACCAGAAAGAGUUUCUGAAAUGGGAAAAGCAGGUUCAGCGAACCCGCAACAAUUGGGUGGCCACCCCAAACUCUCACCUCUGCAGUGAGCAUUUUGGCAGGGAGUAUUUUGAGCCCAAACCAGGGAUUCUGAAGCUGAAGCCUGGAGCUGCUCCAACAGUGUUUGUCCGUCCGCACUGUGCCUCCUGCAGUGGAGCAGGCUGCAGAAAGUGCCUGCCUGCUAUUCAGCGCCGGAGCAUUACAGCUAAACCGACAGAGAGUAACACAAGUUUUGGUGACACAGAUGGAGGAGACAAGAGUGAAAACCCAGCAGGACGAGCAGUUAUGGGAAGGGAAAAAGACAUAGUGGAUAAACCAGUGGUGUGUGAGAUGUGUGGCAUCACCGGCCCCUCAAGCACUUUCUUUUCGAGGGCCAAGCGUUUCUGUAGCCUGUCCUGUUCAAGGUCUUAUUCAUCAAACUCCAAGAAGUCCUCCAUACUGGCACGUCUGCAGGGAAGACCCCCUUCAAAAAAAGCCACUGUGUUGCACAAGGUAAACAAGACGCCUGCAACCCUUGCAGCACCUGCAGCCCAGUUAGUAGUAGAUGCGUCUGCUGCAUAUUUUGAGUGGGGCGCCUAUUUGGACAAGGAAACGUCUCUGGCUGCAUCAGUGUCCUGCUUCAGACAUGCCCCGAUGUGUGACCAGUGGGAUGACAUCCAUGUAGGGAUGAAGGUGGAGGUCCUGAACACAAAUGCAGUCCUGCCCAGUAAAGUCUACUGGAUCGCAACUGUCAUCCAGGUUGCAGGUUACAAAGCACUGCUGAGGUACGAGGGCUUUGAACAUGACAGCAGCCGGGACUUUUGGUGUAGCCUCGUUUCAGGAGAGCUGAAGCCGAUUGGAUGGUGUGCCAUGACAAGCAAGCUGCUGGUGCCUCCAAAAGAUGUGAAGACGAACAUCUCAGAUUGGAAGGGUUACCUGAUGAAGAAGCUGGUGGGAGCUGAAACUUUACCUGUUGACUUCAGCCUAAAGCUUGCAGAGAGUGUUAAGAGCUCCUUCAAAGUCACCAUGCAGGUGGAGGUGGUGGACCCCAAACACGUCAGUCGGACUCGCGUGGCCCUCAUCGACACCAUCGUUGGUGGCCGACUGCGGCUUGUGUACGCAGACCAAAGCGACGCCCCAUAUGAAAAUAUGACGCUCGACUUCUGGUGUCACAUGUGGAGUCCACUCAUGCACCCGAUAGGCUGGUCCCGCAGAGUGGGUCAUGACAUCAAAGCACCAGUUAACAGCGUGGAAGCUGCUGCCAGUACGAGGGGACACAAUGAAAGUAUGACCCUGCUCUUUAAAAAGCCCAGGUUUGUCUACAUGGACGGAUGUUACUACGAGGAGGGAAUGAAGCUGGAGGCCAUCGAUCCCCUAAAUCUGGGAAGCAUCUCUGUGGCCACUGUGCACAAGGUGUUGUUAGACGGCUACCUGAUGGUGGGUAUCGAUGGCACAAUUUCCAACAACGGCUCUGACUGGUUUUGCUACCAUGCCUCAUCGCACGCCCUCCUCCCUGUGGGCUUCUGUGAGAAGAACAACAUUCCCCUCUCAGUACCUUCAGGUCACGACCCCAGGACCUUCACCUGGGACCAAUACCUGAAGGAGGCUGGAGCUCAAGCUGCACCUAAGAGACUGUUUAAUGUUGACUACCCAGGUCACAGUUUCUCCCCAAACAUGAAGCUGGAAGCAGUGGACCUGAUGGAGCCGCGCCUGGUGUGCGUGGCCACUGUGAAGCGCUUCGUGGGCCGCCUGCUGCUUAUCCACUUCGACGGCUGGGAGAGCGACUUUGACCAGUGGAUCGACUACCAGUCCCCAGACAUCUACCCCGUCGGCUGGUGUGACUUCAUGGGCUACCAGCUGCAACCUCCUCCUGGACUCGUGAGUUCAUUUGAACAACAAAUCAAGAAACCCAAACCCCUUGUGUUCAAGAAGAGGAAAAGGAGGAAUGCAAAGAAAAGGCUCUCUCAGGAACAACCUGCUGAUGAUACUGCCCAGGAGCACUGUGUGCAGCCUGAGGCCACUGUCACCAGCAGUCCUUCAGAGCUGUGUCUUCCUCCAAAAGUACCUCUCAUCCAGCCCAAGACUGAGCCAGAGGAGCAGGAGAUCUUUGCAGUGCACGUAAAAAUUGAGGAAGUUGAGGUGGAGAUGGAGGCCCCCGAAGCUGAUCCCCGAGUCUCUCUGAGGGUGAUUAAAAAUGAGGACGCAGGGGAGCCGAGCGAGUCAGAACAACACAGGGCUUCAGGGCCGAGCUGCUCGAAAAAGAAAGUGGAUGAAACCGCAGAAAGAGGACAGCUCUGCUCACUGGAAGAGAGCUCUAACAGUGGGAUGAGCAAAGAGGGGAGCAGAGACAAAAGAAGUGUUGGAAUAGGGAUGAAUCAAGAGGCAGAAGAAGAGGAGGGAGUUCAGGGAGAUGGUAUUACUGUAGAGGACAUUUUGGACAGCGAUAUGGAGCAGAACAUGAUGGGCGGGGCUUCAGACAUGGAGGGGUGAGAUGUAGAGGUCAGAGGUCUGCUUAAAGAAUAAAGACAACUGUAGAGAAAAGUGCAAGAGUGAAGAAAUCUGAGUAUCUGAUGGACAAAAAAAGGCCAAAGUGGCAAAAAAGAUACAAAAGGAGGAAGACGAAAGUCAAGAGAUAGGUACACCAUAUGUAUCUAAAGCCAGUGCCAGUGUUCAAGGUUUAAAGUUAGCAUCCUACAGAUUUCAGUCCUUGUUGAUCUAGCAACAAGUGCGAAGAGCAAGUGCAGAUCCCUUAUUUUUUAGACUCAAAUAUUCAAACCACUUUCUUUUUAUUGCAGCUAUGACGUGUGUGUGCAAGAGUUAACAACAAACAGUGAGACUAGUUUAUGUGAUGAAAUUACAGCGAGAACAGUAAUGCUGGAUGUCAUGCUCAAAUGUUUUCUCUAAACCACUUUGCCUCUGAUAAGCAAUGUGUAUCCAGAGCGGGAAUUUCACUAUGAGUACGAACUACAAGUGAAGCCUCUUUCACACAUGAUCUGACACUUUCCAGACACUAAGGUCCUUACAUUUCCAGACUUGCUCUUUCACUUGACCUCAUUGCAGGAGAUUGCAAGUACCCAAAACUUCAAGUGGUAGAUACCUGGUUUGGUUUAGGUGAGUGAGCAAGAGGUGAGCAUGUGUAAGGAUGUUUGCAUGAUACAGACACAUUAGUAGGAAACAUAAUUCUGAAACUGAGACUAGCUGUAAAGAUUAGAAAGCAGUGCAACUCAGCUCAUUGUGAGAAUCUGUAACUUGUAAUAUCACUUGCCAUAAAAAGUAUCAAACUUCUAACUUUUAAUAUUUUCUAUUCCAGGACUUUGAAUGAUUGUAAACAGCCCACAAGGUCCUGAUCAGUCACUUUUUAAACUACCUCAUGCUAACAAACACCUACACAGUGACUUCAGUGACUUAAAAAUUGUCUGGUUGUUUAACAUGACUUGUCAUUUUGAAUUCAACAUCAAACCUGUUUGUAUAGUUUGAUCAUUCUGAAUUAUUGUAGCAGACCCAGUUUGUUGUAAGGUUUUAUUUUUCUUUGUUCAUGUCCAGAUAUGUUUUCAUUUGUAAAUAUGUAAUCUCUCAUUAAAGAAAAUACUGUUCCUCAACUUUC